ACUCGCCCAAAACCUCUCUCUAGAAUCCUCUCGAACCGCCCAGGUCCUCAUCCCUCCGUUUCGCAUCGCCUGUUUCGAUUUCUGUUUGGGCGAUUGGGUUCUCUCUCUCCCGUGGCCGAUUAGUUGUUCGAGGGUUUAUGGCCACUUCCGGCGAUCAAUCCGGAUCCGCGGCGGCGAAGGCGUCCAAGCUGCGGUACCCGCUGCGGUCGGCGAGCCGGGGGAAGGCGGCGCCGCUGGCGGUGGAUGCUCCUCCUGCAGACUCGGCUCCCAGAAGGGCCAAACCAUCUUCGGAUGUCACCAAGAGCAUGUGUGUUCUUGAUCUUUCUUCCGUGAAAGAUAAAUCAGCCAAACCACCACGGAGGCACUCAAUACCAACAAAGCCAGGUGCUAGCCCAAGGCCUACUACUACUACUGGAACCAUCACCCCAGUGUCAGUGGUUCGCUCGAGGAGGUCAGAGAUCCAGGGGAAGUUUGAUACCCCAACAUCAGAAGCAUCCAUGUCCACAGGAAGGCGCAAGUUCAGUACACUGUCCUCAAUCUCAUAUUGGAUGACACAGAUCAGGCUUGCAGAGGCUGCUUCCAAGCACUCUGUCUCUCUGGGCUUUUUCAAGCUUGCCCUUGAAUCAGAAUGCGAGCCUUUAGAUCGGAUGAGAGAGGAACUCAAGGCUUACAUAGCCCGGCAUGGUCUUGCAACGGACUUAGAGGAGCCGGUGAAGGACAUUCUUCAGGUUUAUGAUAUUGCUGGUGAUUUUGAGAAACUGAAGAUCUCUGUGGACUCCUCGCUGGAAUCAAAAAAGUGUGACAAGGCUGCUCUUAGUGCUACCAAUGCGACUCCAAAGGGUAAUCUGAAGCCUAGGUCACUGAAUUCUGUUGCUACUCAAAGCAAAGAUGGCAAGAAAGAGAACAUUCAGAAGGAGAAGCCUGAUGCUAAGGUCAGAGGAUCCUAUACCCGGAAUCCAGCCAAAGUUGCUCCUGGAAAGGAAUUAGCUGCCAAAAAUACUGGUAAGAAAACCAAGAAGCAGGCCAAGGAGCAUCAAGAAGAUUGCAAUGGAGGUAGUGAGGCUUUGCCAGUUGAUCCAGACCUAGAAUCUGUUGAUGUUGUGAAGGAGAUCACAUAUGAAGAUAAGGAGAACAUGGGGGAUACUGAGAUGUCAAUUGAUGGUGGAAAUGGCUUAGCCCAAGAAGUCUAGAACAGACGUACCGACUUCAGAUUCAAACCUUUUGUUUGCUGAACAUGAAGUAUUGAGUGUGUGGUGCUUGUUUUCAUUCGUCAUUGUUGAUAUGUCGUCAGUGCUUGUCUUUCUUGCUGUCAAACCGUAAGGUGUGUAUCAUGGUUUGCUGGGUGAGACUGCUUGCUUGUAUUCGCUUUGUUAAGUCAGCUUUGCUGUGUGUGGUCCUGUUGGGCAGGAAAUACUUCCUGAUGGUUGUGUUUCUCUUUUGAAUAUAGGUGAAUUCUUUAUUUGUGUGAUCAUCUUGGGCAGUAAAUCCUUCCUGAUGGUUGUGUUUUUCUUUUGUGCAUUGUAUCACUCUCUCGUGCAUGCUUAAUAGAUAAUGAUCAGGACUUGAAUUC